CAGCAGCAGCAGCAGCUGAUGAUGAAGAGAGAGGCAGUGGCAGAGGGGGGGCACCUUUUAUUUCUAUUUUUAAAGGGACAGGACACUAAUUUUACCCCACUUCAACCUUGAAUUGAGGGGGGUGGGGGGAAGGCGGCUGAGUUCCUUCCCCCACCCUCCAGCCCUGAGACCUGAGAGGGGGAUUGAGCCUGAGAGAGAAGGAGAAGGAGUUUCUUCUUCUUCAAAAAUCCCCCAUCCACGACUCCUACCCCCUCACCCCUCCACUAGCCUCCCUCCCGAGCCCCCUCCAUCCUCCUCCUCUUUGGCCGUGAAAGGAGAGAAAGAGACCAAAAGCCUCUUAGCAACACAGACCCUUCUCUGCUGCUGCUGCUGCUGCUGCUACUGCUGCUGCUGCUGCUGCUGCUGCUGCUGCUACUGCUGCUGCUGCUUGGCCCUGGCUGGAGACAUCUCACUACACCCGGGAGCAGCCACUUCCCCAGCUCUCCUCCUCCUUCGCCUCCUCCUCCCCCUCCACUCCCCCCCCUUUAUUACCCUUUGUGUCAUCCUCCACAGCUCCAGGGAAGGCACUCAAAAGUGGGGGGCAGGAAAGGUGGCUUCUUCAGUUGUCAUGACAGAGGAAGUAGGAAGUAGAGAAUUGGACAUUUUUAAGGACAAUCCUGAACAAGGUUGAUCUGGGCAUGAAGUUAAACAGGAUAUUGCUUUCAUCUACUUCAGCCAAAUCUCAAAGUCACUGACCUAAGAAAGACCUCCCCAUCUACUUUGAUAAAAAGCAGAGUUGAAAAUGCUUAGAAGUCACCCCUUCUGCGGACAUUCUCCGAUCUUUUCAUUUUGCAUUAGGUGUACCUCCUCUGUGAACAUCUGUAGUAUCCUGUGCAUACUCAGAUGCUUAUUGAAGAUAACAGUUUCUGCGUAUGGGAAGUAGAUAUUGAAGGGUAUAUGGUUUACAGACAAGAUCUUUAAAAAAUAGACACUCAAGGACCAAGGAAAUAUAUACCAGAAGCCAAGAGCACAGAAUAUUUUUCUUCAUCAAUCUGUAGACCUGUGAUACUCCUCUAAUUCCAUCAAACACAAAGGAAUGAUCACCUUGACAGAUGGCCACAGAGGAUGUCAACAAUUUUUUGGAGGCAAGCAAUGAAAUAUUUGUGCUGAGUUUUCUAUUAUUAAAGAGAAGAGGUACUCCUUUAUAGGGACUCGUAAAGACAUAGAGCAUCUAGAGAUUUACUGCCUCCAUUACGCUGCUGGGUCUCACAGCACAUGUUAUGUUUUUAUCAGUUUCUCUGCAGAAGAAGGUUGGAAACCCAAGUGCCUACGGAGGCCAGGCUGGUGGGAAUGAAGCAGGAAGCCACUGCAGUGUACUGGAGAGCCAAGUCCUUUCUGAAGGAGCAGCCACUGCUCCGUUCCAGAUAAUUGUUGCAAGGCAGGAAUGCUGACCUAGUGUUACCACAUUGUCCAGUUUCUCAGGCUACAUUAUUGGAAUUUUGAAGACAUGAAAACAUCAGAUGAACCAACCUGCAACAUCUUGGAUUCAGAUUGGAAGAUGAAGAGAAAGUUUAAAGAAUGUGGCCUAUAAAGGCGGGUAGUACCUGGAAAUAUUAACUGACUCACACUGUAAAAAUGAGAACAGUUUCUAAACAAUAGAGGUUAUUUUAGUCCAACAUCAAGGUUCAAGACAAAAUGUUGAACUAAAAACUUACACUCCUCCCCUCCCCCACUUCAGACAGGUACCAGCAUUGGUGAAUAUGAUUUUCCUUAGUCAGAAGCACUCGUUUUUACCCAUGUAGACCAUCCUUAGGAAUUAAAUAUUGAUUAUUUAAUGUAGAUUAUAAUGGGAAACUGAUUUUUUCUACAAUGGCAGAUUUCAAGGACUUGGUUCCAAACUGAGCCGAAGCUUCCCAAUGCAUUUUGUACAGUCUGGGGAAAACUGUGCUGCGUUGGCCAUUUUUGAAGGCCAUGAUGCCCUGUAAUAUAAGGAUAUCAUCUUAUUGCUGAUAUCUUUGGGGAGUCCCAAGCAGACACAGAAAAUGAAUGGAGGCAAGGAGUGUGACGGAGGGGACAAGGAUGGAGGUCUUCCAGCUAUACAAGUUCCUGUGGGUUGGCAGCGUCGUGUGGAUCAAAAUGGAGUGCUUUAUGUCAGUCCCAGUGGGUCUUUGUUAUCUUGCUUGGAGCAGGUUAAAACAUACCUGCUUACUGACGGAACAUGCAAGUGUGGCUUGGAAUGUCCUCUUAUUCUUCCCAAGGUGUUUAAUUUUGAUCCUGGAGCUGCUGUGAAACAGAGAACUGCAGAAGAUGUUAAAGCAGAUGAAGAUGUCACAAAGCUAUGCAUACAUAAAAGAAAAAUCAUUGCAGUGGCCACACUUCAUAAAAGCAUGGAAGCCCCACAUCCUUCUCUGGUGCUCCCCAGUCCCGGAGGAGGAACAAAUGCAACUCCAGUAGUACCUUCACGGGCAGCAACUCCAAGAUCUGUAAGAAAUAAGUCUCACGAAGGAAUUACAAAUUCUGUAAUGCCUGAAUGUAAGAAUCCUUUCAAAUUAAUGAUUGGAUCAUCAAAUGCCAUGGGAAGGCUAUAUGUACAAGAACUGCCUGGAAGCCAGCAACAAGAACUCCACCCUGUCUACCCCCGGCAGAGAUUGGGCAGCAGUGAACACGGACAGAAAUCUCCAUUCCGUGGCAGCCAUGGAGGCCUGCCCAGCCCAGCGUCGUCAGGUUCCCAGAUAUAUGGAGAUGGCUCAAUCUCUCCAAGGACUGACCCACUUGGAAGCCCUGAUGUUUUCACAAGAAAUAAUCCUGGUUUUCACGGAGCUCCCAAUUCUAGUCCUAUUCACCUGAAUAGGACUCCUCUUUCUCCCCCUUCAGUAAUGCUACACGGUUCUCCUGGACAGUCAUCCUGUGCAAUGGCUGGAAGGACUAAUAUACCUCUUUCCCCAACCUUGACUACAAAGAGUCCAGUAAUGAAAAAACCAAUGUGUAAUUUUUCAACUAAUAUGGAAAUACCACGAGCAAUGUUCCAUCACAAACUACCCCAAGGCCCACCUCCCCCUCCUCCACCUUCUUGUGCUCUUCAGAAAAAGCCAUUAACAUCUGAGAAAGAUCCACUUGGCAUUCUUGACCCUAUUCCUAGUAAACCAGUGAAUCAGAACCCUGUUAUCAUUAAUCCAACUAGUUUCCAUUCAAAUGUCCACUCUCAGGUACCUGUGAUGAAUGUAAGCAUGCCUCCUGCUGUUGUUCCUUUGCCAAGUAAUCUCCCUUUGCCAACCGUAAAACCUGGCCACAUGAAUCAUGGGAGUCAUGUACAAAGAGUUCAGCAUUCAGCUUCAACCUCCCUGUCCCCUUCUCCAGUGACAUCCCCAGUGCACAUGAUGGGGACUGGAAUUGGAAGGAUUGAGGCAUCGCCCCAAAGAUCACGCUCAUCUUCCACAUCAUCAGAUCACGGAAAUUUCAUGAUGCCACCUCUAGGACCCCAGGCCACUUGUAGUGGUAUUAAGGUUCCACCCAGGUCACCAAGGUCAACAAUAGGGUCCCCAAGGCCAUCAAUGCCAUCAAGCCCUUCUACCAAGUCCGAUGGACAUCAUCAGUACAAGGAUAUCCCUAACCCAUUAAUUGCUGGAAUGAGUAAUGUACUAAAUACCCCAAGCAGUGCAGCUUUUCCUACUGCAUCUGCCGGAAGCGGUUCUGUAAAGAGUCAGCCUGGUUUGCUGGGAAUGCCUUUAAAUCAGAUCUUGAACCAGCACAAUGCUGCCUCCUUUCCAGCAAGUAGUUUACUCUCAGCAGCAGCCAAAGCACAGCUAGCAAAUCAAAACAAACUUGCUGGUAACAACAGUAGCAGCAGUAGCAAUUCUGGAGCUGUUGCUGGCAGUGGCAACACUGAAGGACAUAGCACUUUAAAUACCAUGUUCCCUCCUGCUGCCAACAUGCUUCUCCCAACAGGUGAAGGGCAAAGUGGUCGAGCAGCACUAAGAGAUAAGCUGAUGUCUCAGCAAAAGGACUCACUGCGGAAAAGAAAACAGCCACCUACCACAGUGUUGAGUUUGCUCAGACAGUCUCAAAUGGAUAGUUCUGCAGUUCCUAAACCUGGACCCGACUUGCUAAGGAAGCAGGGUCAGGGGUCGUUUCCCAUCAGUUCAAUGUCUCAGUUACUACAGUCUAUGAGUUGUCAAAGCUCUCACUUGAGUAGCAAUAGUAGCCCGGGUUGUGGGCGCUCAAAUACUGCUUUGCCUUGCUCUGCUAACCAGCUGCAUUUUACAGACCCCAGUGUGAACUCCAGUGGUCUUCAGAAUCCACUGACACAGGACGUACCUUUAAGAGGGGAAGCCGUGCACUGCCACAAUGCAAACACUAACUUUGUUCACAGUAACAGUCCAGUCCCAAACCACCAUCUUGCAGGUUUAAUAAAUCAGAUUCAGGCUAGCGGGAACUGUGGGAUGCUCAGUCAGUCGGGCAUGGCCUUAGGAAAUUCAUUACAUCCCAAUCCACCUCAGUCAAGAAUUUCAACGUCCUCCACUCCAGUGAUACCAAACAGCAUUGUUAGCAGCUAUAAUCAAACAAGUUCUGAAGCAGGCGGUUCAGGACCAUCAUCCUCCAUAGCCAUAGCUGGCACCAACCACCCUGCCAUCACAAAGACAACAUCUGUCCUUCAAGACGGCGUCAUAGUCACCACCGCAGCUGGAAACCCACUGCAGAGUCAGCUGCCCAUUGGGAGUGAUUUUCCUUUUGUUGGCCAGGAGCACGCACUUCAUUUUCCAUCCAACAGCACUUCAAACAACCAUCUUCCACACCCCUUGAACCCCAGCCUCCUCAGUUCUCUACCUAUCUCUUUGCCAGUGAAUCAACAGCAUCUCCUAAACCAGAAUCUAUUAAAUAUCCUCCAGCCUUCAGCAGGAGAAGGCAAGUCUGAGAUCAACCUCCACCCUUUAGGUUUUCUCAACCCGAAUGUAAACGCUGCUUUAGCUUUUCUCUCCAGUGACAUGGAUGGGCAGGUAUUGCAGCCUGUUCACUUUCAACUCUUAGCAGCCCUGCUUCAGAACCAAGCCCACGCAGCUGCCAUGCUUCCCCUGCCAUCUUUCAAUCUGACCAUCUCAGAUCUUUUGCAACAGCAAAAUACCCCUUUACCCUCAUUAACACAGAUGACAGCCCCACCAGACCAUUUGCCAAGCAAUCAGUCAGAGAACAGCCGAGCUGAGACCCUUUUAACCAGCCCCCUGGGGAACCCUUUACCAAGCUUUGCAGGCAGUGACACUACUUUUAACCCCCUGUUCCUCCCAGCUGUCACUGGGGCCUCAGGAUUAAUGGCCUUGAAUCCCCAGCUGUUGGGAGGUGUCCUGAACUCGGCAUCGGCCAACACCGCUAAUCAUCCAGAGGUUUCCAUAGCAACUUCUUCCCAGGCAACCACUACCACAACCACUACAUCAUCAGCAGUGGCAGCACUGACUGUCUCAACACUUGGUGGGACAGCAGUGGUGUCAAUGGCAGAAACAUUGCUGAAUAUAUCUAAUAAUGCUGGGAAUACACCUGGUCCAGCUAAACUGAACAGUAACUCUGUGGUGCCACAGCUACUUAACCCUCUACUGGGGACAGGUCUGCUUGGUGACAUGUCCUCAAUAAACAGUACUUUGAAUAACCAUCAACUGACUCAUCUACAGUCGCUGUUAAACAACAAUCAGAUGUUUCCUCCAACUCAGCAACAGCAGCAGAUUCUUCAGGGGUACCAGAAUCUCCAGGCUUUUCAAGGACAGUCCACAAUUCCUUGCCCAGCUAACAAUAACCCCAUGGCUUGUCUGUUUCAGAACUUUCAGGUGAGAAUGCAGGAAGAUGCAGCUCUCCUAAACAAAAGAAUAAGCACUCAGCCGGGGCUCACAGCACUUCCCGAAAAUCCAAACACUACACUUCCACCUUUCCAAGAUACAUCUUGUGAGUUGCAAUCGCGGAUUGACCCAUCUCUUGGUCAACAGGUGAAGGAUGGCCUCAUUGUGGGUGGCCAAGGUGAUGCUUCCAUAGAUGCUAUUUACAAAGCAGUUGUUGAUGCAGCCAGCAAAGGAAUGCAGGUUGUCAUCACCACUGCAGUCAACAGUACAACUCAGAUCAGCCCCAUUCCAGCUCUGAGUGCCAUGAGUGCCUUCACUGCUUCAAUUGGUGACCCAUUAAGUCUCCCCAGUGCUGUCAGUGCGGUCAUUCAUGGACGAAACAUGGGCAGUGUUGAUCAUGAUGGUAGGCUGAGAAGUGUAAGAGGGGCUCGGCUGCCCAGCAAUCUGGACCAUGGGAAAAACUCAAACGAAGGAGAUGGGUUUGAAUAUUUCAAGUCGGCAAGUUGCCACACAUCUAAAAAACAGUGGGAUGGGGAGCAAAGCCCUGGAGGGGAGCGAAACAGGUGGAAGUGUGAGGAAUUUUUAGAUCAUCCAGACCAUAUCCACAAUAGUCCUUGUCACGAAAGACUCAACAAUGUCUCCACACUGCCAUUUCUGCCUGGGGAACAGCACCCAAUACUGUUACCAUCAAGAAACUGUCAAGGGGAUAAAAUUCUGGAGGAAAAUUUCAGGUAUAAUAACUACAAAAGAACUAUGAUGAGUUUUAAGGAGAGACUAGAGAACACUGUGGAAAGAUGUACACACAUCAAUGGGAACAGACCUCGACAGAGUCGGGGCUUUGGAGAGCUGCUGAGCACCACAAAGCAAGACCUGGUCCUAGAGGAGCAAUCUCCGAGCUCCUCAAAUAGUUUGGAAAGUUCUCUGGUCAAAGACUACAUCCAUUACAAUGGAGACUUUAAUGCCAAAAGCAUUAACGGGUGUGUACCUAGCCCUUCAGACGCUAAAAGCAUUAGUAGUGAAGAUGACCUAAGGAAUCCAGACUCCCCCUCUUCAAAUGAAUUGAUACAUUAUAGGCCAAGGACGUUCAACGUUGGCGACUUGGUCUGGGGCCAAAUCAAAGGACUGACUUCCUGGCCUGGAAAAUUAGUAAGAGAAGACGACGUUCACAGUUCUUGUCAACAAAGCCCCGAGGAAGGGAAGGUGGAGCCCGAGAAGUUGAAGACACUAACAGAAGGUUUAGAAGCUUACAGCCGAGCCCGGAAAAGGAACAGAAAAAGUGGAAAGCUAAAUAACCAUUUAGAAGCUGCUAUUCAUGAGGCCAUGAGUGAACUGGACAAAAUGUCUGGGACUGUUCACCAAAUCCCACAGGGAGACAGACAAAUGAGACCCCCCAAACCCAAGAGGAGGAAGAUCUCCAGAUAACAGGGACUACUCCACCAAUGCGCAGUGUUUAUUAAAGGAGUGUGCACAGAUAUAGCUGUAUAUAAGUAUUGAUAUAGCCGCUGUUAUAUCAAUAUUUAUACUACGGCAGAUAGUUAACACCGCCACAGGGUGCUAAAAGAAACAGUGAUACAAUAUUUUUUUUUUUUUUUUGAUCAGGAAGGAUAAUGAAUGCUGGAAAACUAAUCAGAAUCCCUGAAUGAUGAGAGUGAUAGUCAAGAGAUUACUGAGAAACUCUUUUUCUAUAAUACUAAAAUUGUGAUUAUAAGAAAUAGUCCAAAUGUUUCUGAAGAAUUUUCCAUGUUGUAUAUAGAAAAUGCAGAAUUUCAUGGUGAUAUCAAAAAUGUAAAUAUUGUACAAUAUUGUCAUGUACAAGCAUACCUAAUGCACACUUUAUCUUUUAUUGUACAAAGAAAUAGUGUACAAAAUUCUUUGGUUUCUAUGGAGUACACCUACCAGAGACUACAAGUGUAAAGUGAUAAAUAAAAAUACAACCUAAAUGCUUUUCUAUGAUAAUGUAAAAGAUGCUGUUUUUGUAUUUAACAGCAGAGAAAAGGCAUGAUAAUGUAUUAAUUGAAUUAUGACAUACACUGCACACCACUGAGUGUCCAUUUAUAUUGUCUGUUUGGAAUGAACCUUGCCUGGAAGCACUGGACUUGAUUUCGGGUGUCUAGGAAAUCGAAACCUUGCAGAUUUCUAAAGGGACAAGGGCUCACAGGUCUAAAUUAAGAAUUCAGAAACUGCAACUAUUUGUUGCAUAUUUUUUUUACCUAAGUUUUAAAGUAGAAUAGGUUUUAUAUAAAAAAAAUCUUAGAUGGGAUAUUUUACUCAAUCAUUUCUGUAGUUAACAUUUGAUAGCCACCUCUUGAACUAGACAGCUUAUGCUGCACCACCACUGACGCUCAGAGUUGAGGUUUUUUUGCAAACAAUACCUGACAAGAUAAAACUUUCUGUUUCCGUACAUGGAGGCAAAGCCCCACUUUGAAACCAUUAUCAGAGGUAAGGUUGAUUAUAAUUCAGUUUUUCUGUAGCAGCAAAAAUAAGUACAAAUCAUCAAAGCAAGUUUCACAUCCAUUCAUCAGUAUUACUUACACCAGAAGUUAAGGUGGCUUAUGAAAUUAUUAGCAAUGGUAAUUUUUUAUCAGUAUUAUGUAACAUAUCAGAUUUAUUUUAUUUAAAGAAUUAUUUAUACCAUUAAUAGAUUCUUAUAUAUAUUAAUGUGGCUGAAAUGUGCAGGUUGAAUCUAUUAACCAAAUUAUUUAUAUUAUAUUAAGUAAAAAAAUGUGAAACAAAUGUAGAGAGAAAAUACUACAUUGCAAGUAUACAAACCUAAAACUGUGAGCCAUUGUAAAGUACAAGGUUAUUAAUAAGAAAUGUAGCACAACAUAAAUAUCUUUUUUUCACAGUUUUUGUGGUGGUGGUAUAACCCUAUCUCCCAGGCAAUUGAGCCAAGUUUCAGGCCUUCAGCCUGAAAUUGAUUGGAUUGGAUUCAAUUGAUGGAUUGUCAAAGGAAGGGAUCCCUUAUCUCUUUAUUCUUAGAGCCACCAACCCCACCUCCAAACCCUUAACCCUCGGGAGAGCACUGCCUCUUCCCCUCGCCUGGGAUUCCCUCCACAGCCUACUGCUUCGGCUUCUGGGAGGCCCUCCAAUGGCAGGCUCUGAACCCGUUAAAUGCCCACCACGUCGCUUCUCUUCUCUCAUCCACCCCUCCAGCUCCUCAGUCCCAUGAUGUAGCAGAGUUCCAGUCACUCAGGAAAAAGGAGACCAAGGUCAUUCCCCUGUUUGGUUUCUCGGGGCCACAGCACAGAGCACUGCACCUGGGCUCACUUUUGAUAUCAACAGCUCUUAGUUCUUCUCCCAGGUCUCCUGUGUCUCUCUGUCCUUUCCAUUCCCACUCUCACCCCUACCCCCAAGCCUGAUGGAGUGCAACUGGCUACACUGGGCUUCAUGGCCUGGAGGCAGGAACCCUUCCUUCUGGGGGUAGGUUGAGUUUGUCUUUCCUGUCAUGGCCGGAUUGCCUGCCUGGUCCUUCCUGCAGUCACCUGAAGUAACCUUGUGUACUUUAGUUGACUAUUUUUGUUAUAAGUUGAUGUAUUUGGUAUGUUUAAACCAUUAAUGUUGUCCUUUUUUUUGUACCAGUCUGCUUUUCUACUGUGUUGUCUACACGGUUGUCUUUAUUUACAGAUUCACAGCAUAUGUGUGUUUGCGUCUUGGGUGUGUCUGCGUGUAUGUGGGGUUUUGUGUGUGUUGAUAUGUAGAAGCUUUUUUAGCCUUUGCUUUUUUGUCUUCAGACUGAGUUUAUGUCUGCCAAGCCUUCUUUUUGAUAUUUUAAACUAAUUAGGUUUCUGCAUCCCUGACUCGUGUAUACUUUACAUCAGUAGACCAUGUAAAGUAUGUUUGUGCCCAUGAUUUCACUGGUUGCUUAUGGCUUCAUGUGGGUGCUAGGUAUUGUUUCAGUCCACACAGGUUUGGUUUUUUUUCUUUUUCUUUUUCUGUUUUUUUUUUUGCGGUACGCGGGCCUCUCACUGUUGUGGCCUCUCCCGUUGCGGAGCACAGACUCCGGACGCGCAGGCUCAGCGGCCAUGGCUCACGGGCCCAGCCGCUCCGCGGCGUGUGGGAUCUUCCCGGACCGGGGCACGAACCCGUGUCCCCUGCAUCGGCAGGCGGACUCUCAACCACUGCGCCACCAGGGAAACCCAGGUUUUUUUCUUUUUUUCUCUCUUCUACAGUUCUAUGGUUUCAUGUAAGCAGUUAAUGUAAAUAUUGUUAGCAUUACAUGCAGUGCUGUAACAUUUUUUUAAAUGUUGCACCUACUUUACAAUUUAAAAACUUGGUCAUUCGUACUUGAAUUUUGCCCACAGAGCCAUUUCAUUCUCUUUGUAUUAAAGCCAAUUCAUUUUUUUAAAAUGAAGGCUAGCCCUUCUACAUUAGUACAUUUUUUUAUUCCCUAAAAUAAACUUUUUUUUUCAACAAAUCUGAGAAUGGAAGCAAAAUGAAAAAAUUUUGCUCCUUUAAAGAACUGCAUAGUCCCUAAUUUUAUUUUGUGCCCUCUAAAAGUCUUAGGAAGCACAUGGAGAAUAAAUUAUACCUUUAAGUGUUUUUUUAAGAUUAUUUCAAAUGAGUGAAAUCUAACUGAGCAGCACUUAUUUAAUCUGUCUUGUUUGUAGCGUUAAAAGCAAUCAGGGUUUUUAUUUAUUUAAGGAACAUUUUUGGUUUGUACUUUUUAGUCCUAUUGUGCAUGUAAAUUCUUUGAGAAGAAUAUUCAUCCCUUGUGAUAUCGUGGGCCACUGUUAGUCUUUUAUUUGAACCCUGACUUUGAGUUAUUUGCUAUGUCUGUUUUUUAAGUAAACACAAGCUUCUUUUUUGAACGUUAACACUGCAGAAUUUUGGGAGGAGUGGAGGGUGGUUGUUCUACUUUCUGUAAGUUUUAUGAAGAUUUUCAGCUGACUUAUCCCAUGAGGUGAUUCUUUUUUUCAUUUCAGACCAUGAUAACAUAUUGUAGUUAACUUUGGUAAUCUUCCAUGCAGUUUGCAAAGUUCCCUUGUAAGUCACAAGUGGUUUCGCAUUGAGAUUUUAAAAUCUAAGAUGCUUAAGGUGCUGGUGACAUUGCUCUUUCUGAAAAGAAAGCCAAGAUUCUAGACCUUACUGAAAAUCUGAUAUCUUGUUUACUUUGCCCAUUUAUGCCCAAAUGAUGUAAUGCAAGACUCAAGACUUUUCCAUGUAGUGUAUAAAAUGAGUUAUGCAUUACUUGACUCAUUUGGGGACUAUGAACAAAUACUAUCAACCAACCAGAACUGUAAUACUGAAUUAUUGUUUAUCUUUUUCUUUCAUUCACUCUAUCACGUUUGCAUUAGCCAAAGAGAUAAGAACAUUAGUAAUUCAUACGUGUAAACAACCCAGAAGUGAAUAUUAAAUCAGUGAGCCAAAAAGCAAUAAACAACUCAAGCAUGGGAAAUCCUGCUAACAGUGGGCAGUCUGAUAUAGAAAAAAUAUAUAAAAAACAUUAUCUUCAAAUAUGAAAGAUUAAUUUGUAUCUACUGUAAAUAUGUGUUAUCAGCCUUAUCUGCUUUUAUACACACUGUGUGUGUACCUCAGUGACCUUUUAUAAACCGGAGAAAUGGUUGAUUUAAUAAUUUGUUAUGUAAAUACAAAGUUGUCUAUAAAUUGGAAAAUUUGAUGCCAGAUGGCUUCACAAUAUACAACUGUGUUUUGUAACAUCAUGCCUUUAU